AUGAACCGGACGGUAACCGGCCGGUUGGAUCGGACCGGAAAUCGACCGGUUCGCAUAAAACAACGUCGUUUUCCCUUUUUUUUAAAAAACAAAAAAGUUAAAACCCAACCCCCCUCCCCAACACACACCAAACACCCCUUCCUUCGAACAUCGAAGCAGCUAGCCCUAAGGUUGCCCAGACGCCGAGACCCAAAACCCAACUUCGUCGCCGGAACCGCCGCCGCCGUCCGUGGUUGUCUGCGUCUUCGCGGCCUCCUCCUUCCCCUGUCCCAAAGGCAUACGGCCAGAGCUUCUCUUCUAGCUCCUGCCGGUGAAGCUGCUGUUCGAGGCUUCCAGCUGCUGCGCCGUCGUCUCGCCGUUGACGUCCUGCUGUGGUGGAAGGAAAAAAGCUUUAUGGCGCGGGGCAGGCUAAGAUUUUCAGACUGCUGGCCUGCCCGGUUUAGUGGCGGGCUUCGGCACGGCGGGCUGGGGAGGGGACAUGCCUGUUUGCCACCUCCUAUAUCAUGCAACUGA